AUGGUCUACAACGUGAUGGUCUUCGCACCGCGCAAAGCCGGCAUCACACACGAGCAAUUCAAAAACCGCUACGAGCAGCACAUGCAAAUGAUAGCCGGAAUCUGCGGCGACGCGGCGCCUGUCUCGCACACGAGAUGGUACCUCCAGCAUGAGGGAGACGAGGCCGUGCUGCUAGCGGGGAAUCCUGCGGAGAUGAGAUAUGAUGCCGUUGUGCUUAUGUCGUUUGAAGAUGCGGCAGGGUUUAAGAGAUUCACUGCUGCUUUGGAUACGGAUGAGGCGAAGGCUUUGGUUGAGGCUGAUGAGGCGGGGUUUUGGGAUCGGGAGAGGAUGAAGGUUGUGAUUGUUGGGGAUGUUAGGGAGUCGAGGAAGUAA